CAAAACGCGCUCCGGACUCGUGUGCAUUGAAAGGUCAACGGGUUUCUUGUCUGACACGGAUUUAGAGUUAUUCUCUCUUUUCGUAACAAAGAGUGAGGUCGCCUCUUGAAAGGUGUGACGAGGUGAAAUAAGAUACAAAAGUGAAAGUGCUAAAAAUAAUGGCUAUAUAUGAAUCGCAGAUGUUUUUGCACGUAAUAUGGAGUGUACUGUUAAUUACAAUUGCCACAGCCACUCCUCCUGAUCUUAGUAGUCUGACAGCACAUGAAAAACCUGAACUAUCUGAACAUUUAAGCGCCGUGAUUGGUGAAGACGUGGCUAAAAGUAUUGAGUACAAACGACAAGCUGAGGUGGCUCCACUUACUACGCCAAAAUCACGGAUUCAGAUCAAGACGGCGCCGAAUGGAGUAGAUUACGAGUAUGAGUAUGUGUAUUACUACUAUGAUGAUGAUGAGGAUGCUAAUCGCACAACAACACGCAAUCGUUACCAGACCAUUGAGCGUACUACCAAACCGUUUGAGAUGGGUAACAGUCUGUCUAAAGGCGAAAAAGAGCGCCUUCCAUCUAGCACACGAUUCCCGCCGCGUCACGGGGAAUCUAAUAAAAGCUCAGAGAUCGCCGUUGUAAAGGUAAAGCAUCCCAGCCUUGAUUUGGUUGAUAGCGACACAUUUAAUACAGCGGAUAAUCGUAAUCUGUAUGCUACGCCAUCCAAUGAUGAUCCAAUGGAAAAGGUCGCUUUUGAUCUUUAUGUAAUCCUACAGAAUGAAAUGAUGGCUGCUGAAAUUACGAAUACUACGACAGAGGAGGAUGAAACAACAAUAGAAGUUACUACGGAGGCCGAAACUACGACGGAAGCUACCACAACAACAGUUACACAACGUACAACAGAAGUGGUUGUUGAAUCACGCCCUGCUGCAUCACGAAACCGUUUCAAACUUCGACCGGUAACAACGACAUCCACAACAGAUGUGAUUCCUGCCAAGAGUCGAUAUGGAGCUGGAAAGCCUCCUGCUAGUCGAGCCAACUCGUUUGGUCGAACUUUUAGUACCACAGAGCCAUCGACAACAACUGUUUUUGAACGACCGUCAUUCGGAACCCGUGGUAUUAGAACCCGCAAUCGCUUCAAUUUACGUCAUACCACGGAAACAGUGUUUACGGGGGAGACUUCUACGAAAGCACCGCGUCAAAGGGCCACUUUUAGUAGUCGCUCACGAUCAAGGCCUACUACAGCUCUCUCCGAAGAGUCAUCUACUACUACUACUACUAAACCACGAGUUGCCUUGCCUAGUCGUUUCCUUUCGCCUAGAAAAAGUCUUCUGUUACGUACCACAACACUUCCUAUCGAAACAUCUGAAAAUCAAGAAGAUAAUGAUGCGCAUCAUACGGAAAAAAUAGUUAUCAGUAGCACGGUGUCUUCCAUUCAAGAGAGUACUACUAGUCAAAGCGGUAUUCAUCGACUGAAAAAUCGACCUCGUAUCCACGUUCAUUCCGCAGAGCGCUCUAAGGGUGCUACUCAAAAUGUAUUCGCCAACCGGAAGGUAAAUCCGCUCAUCGCUCGUCGCCAGUUUGGCCUCAAUUCUAGCACGUCUGAAUCACCAUUAGAAAUCGAAGACGAUUCGCCUGAAGAUCUGAAUGAAGCUGUAGCCGAUGAACUUCUGGUUACUGAUCAACCUACUUCUGAACAGCCACGUGGAUUAGGACUGUUGGGGGCCCGACGAAAGUUGCCACUACGUCGUCCGGGCACAAUAUUCUCUGCUGCCCCAUGA